CUGCAUGUUGUUGGAUUAUUUCUCUAUAUUGGAUGUAGUCUGUUUGUGAGAAUAUGAAGCAGAACAGAAAACUUUUUUUUAAAGUGUAUUAUCUGGCUGACAGCCUUCAAGAGUCUUUUAUUUUCACUCAUCUUGUUUUUGUGUUAUGUGGAGUUAUUAUCAGAAGAUUAUUCUUUAUCUAUUGCUCAUGAAUGGUGUGUUUGGUGUUGAUGCAGAUGAAGUGAAGUCAGUCUCAGUGUUGGAGGGAGAUUCUGUCACACUGCGCAACGAUGAUACUGAAAUACAGACACAACAUCAGAUAUUGUGGAUGUUUGGACCUCAAGAUUCUCGUAUAGCUGAAAUCCAUAAGAAAAUUAUUGAUAUGUUUGAAAGUAAUGAGAUAUUUGGAAACAGACUGAAGUUGGACGGUAAGACUGGAUCUCUCAACAUCACAAACGUGAGAAUUACAGACUCUGGACAGUAUAAGCUAUUGAUCAUCAGUAACGGAGGAAUUUCAAACAAAAGAUUCAAUGUUACUGUCUACGCUCAUCUGUCUGUUCCUGUCAUCAUCAGAGACUCUUCUCAAUGUUCUUCAGGAAGAUCUACAGUGACAAAAUGUGUGUUGUUGUGUUCAGUGAUGAAUGUUACACAUGUGAGUCUCUCCUGGUACAAAGGAAACAGUUUAUUGUCCAGCAUCAGUGUGUCUGAUCUCAACAUCAGACUCUCUCUACCUCUGGAGGUGGAAUAUCAGGAUACAAACACAUACAGAUGUGUGGUGUCCAAUCCCAUCACAAACCACACACAACAUCUAGACAUCAAUGAACUCUGUCAGCCGUGUUCAGAUCUCCUGCCUUCACAUGUCAUAGUGCUGAUAGCUGUCGCUGUGAUGUUGGCGGUGGUCAUAAGUGUAAUUCUAUUCUGGCGCUUCGAAAAGUGUAAAAAAUCACCAAGAGACGAUCAGACUCUGGAGGAGGAGGUUCUUUACACGGAACCAAACGUCUCUACACAACCGAUUCAUAUUGUGGUAAGAUUAUUUAACAUUAUUAUCUGUUUCUUCUAUGUAUUGUUUGGCUGAAUUAUUAUAUUGAAUGAUAUUGAACACAGUAACGCAGCGUUUGGUUUAAAAGGGACAACCUUUUUGGUAAAUAUAAACAUAAAAUGUAUAUUUAUACGUUUAUACUUAAAACAACACAGAAUUUAGAGUUUAAACAACCCAGUAACAACCCAACCUUUUUUUGUGGAAUGAGGCUUCACUGGUUGAGCUUCAAUGAAAAUACAAAACCAUAUCAAACCAAACGGACAGUCUAUUGUGCUUGUACUAUUUUUGCUUUAGUUUAUUAUUGUCUGGCAUGGUAUCUUGCUAAAGGUGUGAAAUUCCUUUCUACUUUAUUCAGUCUUCACUUUA